CGCUCGUAGUAUUUGUGGUGUAGUUACCGCUCACGUACAGCAGGCGGCAAAGUCAAGCAUGAGCACUGACGGUGAGAGGAAAACCGCUGAUGCGCAUGCGCGACCUUCUGCCUGUGGUUUAAUGCGUGAUGGCGGCUGCGUUGAGAGGAAGCCUUGUAACAUUGGCCAAGGGUCUAAGCGGUGCCCGAUUGCAGCCACUGUGUGCCCGGACUUUGAGUUUGACGGUCAGUCAGAAUGUGUCGGAAACCCCACCAGCACGUGCUGACAGCACUUUCAAAGUCACCAUGGUCCCCGGAGAUGGAGUCGGGCCUGAACUUAUGACAGCGGUCAAGGAAGUUUUCAAGGCGGGUGAUGUUCCUGUGGAAUUUGAGGAGUUUCAUCUGAGCGAGGUGCAGAACAUGGCCAGUGAGGAGAAACUGGACGAGGUCCUGACCUCCAUGAAGAACAACAGAGUCGCCAUCAAAGGGAAGAUUCACACCCCCAUGGAGUACAAGGGUGAGCUGGCAUCCUACGAGAUGAGACUGAGGAGAAAGCUAGACCUGUUUGCCAAUGUGGUUCAUGUAAACAGCCUGCCAGGUUACAGCACCCGACACAAUAACCUUGAUCUGGUCAUCAUCCGUGAGCAAACAGAGGGAGAAUAUAGCUCUCUGGAGCACGAGAGCGUUUCAGGAGUGGUCGAGUGUCUGAAGAUCAUCACCAGAGAGAAAUCCCGUCGCAUUGCCAAAUUUGCAUUCGACUAUGCCACCAAGAAAGGCCGUAGCAAAGUGACUGCCGUACACAAGGCAAACAUUAUGAAACUGGCGGAUGGUCUCUUCCUGCAGAGCUGCGCAGAGGUGGCUGAACUUUACCCUAAGAUUAAAUACGAGAACAUCAUCAUUGACAACUGCUGCAUGCAGCUUGUACAGAAUCCAUACCAGUUUGAUGUGCUUGUGAUGCCUAAUCUCUAUGGCAACAUCAUCGAUAACCUGGCAGCUGGGCUGGUUGGUGGGGCUGGUGUAGUUCCAGGGGAGAGUUACAGCGCCGAAUAUGCGGUGUUUGAAACGGGUGCCAGACAUCCCUUUGCUCAAGCUGUCGGCAGGAAUAUCGCUAACCCUACCGCUAUGCUUCUCAGUGCAUCCAACAUGCUGAGACACCUCAACCUUGAGUAUCAUUCAAACAUGGUGUCUGAGGCUGUCAAGAAAGUCAUCAAGCAGGGCAAGGUUAGGACGCGAGACUUGGGGGGUUACAGCACCACUGGUGACUUUGUCCGUGCGGUUGUGGCCAACCUGCGCCAUCGGCCUGUUUGAGGAUACUUGCCCACCCCAUGUUUUUCCCGGAUCACCCUUUACCCACCACCGCUUUACCCACCUCUGCCAAUUUUAAAGCAGAUACAUCUUUUUUUCUUCUCUGUCCUUGUGUUUGCCCCUAGCUUAAGUGGACCCUUCAGUAAGCCCCGCCUUAAAAUUAUACUGACCAAUCAGAUCUCAAUAACAAACUGUUGGUCAUUUUUUCAAAUGUGGCUCUGUUUUGGGUGUUUUGAGCAACCUUGUUAUUCUCUCUUUGAAUAUUUUAAAAUAAACUGAAAAGUGCCUCCUUUGCUUCAAGGAAUUCCGUAAAGCUUGUCCAAGCAAGCAACAGUAACUAACAGGGCGGGGCUUAGUGAAAGGUCUAUCUGCUAACAGAUUUUUUAAAUUUCAUUACAUCCAUGUACAUUCAUUAUUCCACCCGUAAUUGGUUAUUACAUUUCACUGUAAUAUUGCUUUAUUUAGGGCACUUUAAUUGCCCAAACUUUAAUUUUAUUUAUGUUUUAAGGGGACAGUUCACCCAGAAACUCACUUGUUUUGAGAAACUUGAGUUGUUCUAAAUCUGUAUAAAUUUGUUUGUUCUGAUGAACACAGAGAAAGAUAUUUGGAAGAAUGAUGGUAACCAAACAGUUCUUGGCCACCAUUGAUUACCAUAGCAGAAAAAUAACAAUGGUAGUCAAACCCAGAACUGUUUGCUUUGCCACAUUCUUCAACAUAUCUUCUUUUGUGUUCCAACAGAACAAAGAAAUUUACAAAUAUUUUUUCCUACUAUGGUAGUCAAUGGUGGCCAAGAACUGUUUACAAGCAUUCUUCCAAAUAUCUUUCUCUGUGUUCAUCAGAACAAAGAUUUGGAACAACUUGAGGGUGUGUAAAUGAAUUUAAAUUUUUGGGUGAACUGUUCCUUUAAUUUAAAAUCCCAAGAUGCUUGGUUUGUGUAGUUUCUGUUUGACACUUUAUAAUUUCUGUUUAUGAUCUCUAAUCAGGGCUGGUCCUCCUUAAUUUGUUUGUUGUGAUUCCAGGACCUCACUGAAAUUGAACAUUUCAAAUGCCAUUUGGCAAUGACCGAAGUGCCUGCAGUUUGGUGCUUAAUCGUGUUUUUCCUUAAUAUUACAACUUCAAACCGCUGCUAAAAAUCAGAUGGGCCAUCAUUGUUUUUCAUUUCACGAUGCAAAGGUUCUGGCGUCAGUUGAACAGGAAGUCUACAUGUGUCAUGGCUGACUUAUAGAGUUUAAGGAAAGUGUGAUCAAAGAAAUGGCUGGAUCAUUGCAAAUGCAAACAUUUAUCUGCCUCUCAGGCAUUUAAUCUUACCUCAGUAAUUGCAGUAAUGAUUCAAAAUCUCACUUUCUGCAGUAUUAACUUUUAAUACCGUUGUAUGCUUACCAGUGUUUUGGCCGAUGGCAACCACACACAGAUUUGUCAUUCAUGCCUUAGCUGAAUUGACCGAUGCUUUGUGAAAUGUGAAUUUUCUCAGUGUCAAAAAUAAAUGUGAUAAACCAUAAGGAGUCAAGAGUGUCACAGUUACUGGUGUUGGAUUGAUUCCUCGUCAUAAAUUUUAUAUUUGAGACAACAACUAUCUUAGUGGGCUUAAUAAUGAUUUGAACCAUUUGUUUGGAAAAACUGAAGACUGCAUUUAUCGAGUGUGAUCCGUUUUAUAU